AUGGUUUCUAAGAUACAAAACAAAGAAGUCGAAGAAGUGAAAUUUCGUCACGCUUGGCCAAGCCGAGUGAUGUUAAAAGGAAAAACAUCGAUUUUGCAGCGUUUUGCAAAUGAUUACUUUGCACCAGAUUAUGUAGCCACAAUCGGAGUAGAUUUUCAAAUUCGAACGAUUGAUAUCGAUUCAAAAGACAUUAAACUUCAGGUGUGGGAUACAGCGGGUCAAGAUCGAUUUAAAUGUAUUGUGAGCAGUUUUUAUCGUGGUGCAAAUGGUGUCCUCGUAUGUUUUGAUAUAACUAAUAUAGAGAGUUUUCGAAAUGUUGACACAUGGAUCGAUGAAAUUCAACGAUAUUGCCCAGAAAAUACGCCGAUUUAUCUCGUCGGUACUAAAUCUGAUCUACACAUGAACCGUACUAUCACAUAUCAACAAGCUAAACAGUAUGCCGAAACGAGACGAAUUCAAUACAUUGAAACAAGUGCAAAAACGAACGACAAUGUGCAAAUGACAUUUUUUCACUUUGCCAAAAUGAUCAUGGAACAUUCGGACAAAAAGUUAGAUGAUGUUUCGAAUGGCAGGCUUAGGCCGACAAUCGGAAUGACUCAUGCAGUACAGAAACCUGGAUCAUCAUGUAACGGGAGUUCAUGUUCGAUAAAAUAA